GCAACCUCGAUACCUUGGCGUUACUCAGCCGGCUUCUUUAAGCUACCCAACUCCUAGAGAGAUUAAUAUCUCGGAUUUACUAAUCCAGGAACUCUUAAUACAAGGAACGUUUGAGAGUAAAGAAGAGACCAGGCGACGUGAAGUCAUUCUAGACAAAUUCGACAAACUUGUAAAAGUGCUUAUUUUCAAUAUAAGUCGGGAAAAAAGACUUUCUGAAAUCGAUGCUAAAGAGGCAGGGGGUAAAAUUUUCACUUUCGGAUCAUACAAGUUAGGAGUUUAUGGAACUGGUGCUGAUAUCGAUAUACUCUGCGUUGCCCCUAGACAUAUAACUCGGAAUGAUUUCUUUUACUAUAUGCAUAAUACACUAAAUAAUUUUAUUGAAGUAAGCGAACUGACUAGCGUUAUCGAUGCCUACGUUCCAGUUAUAAAAUUAAAAUUUCAAAAUAUUCCGGUUAAGCUUGCUAAAAUUCCUUAUGAACUUGAUAUCACAGAUAAUUCUCUUUUAAAAAACUUGGAUGAAAUGUGCAUCAGAAGCAUGAAUGGAUCGCGUGAUGCUUAUGAAAUAUUACGUCUUGUUCCAAGUCUACCAGCUUUCCGUACAUCUUUGAGAUGCAUAAAAUUUUGGGCAAAGAGUAAUUUUUAG